AUGAAGAGGUGUUGGAAACCCCUUGGAUGCACAUGGGUCCGCCACUUCAGAACCUUGGAUGCACAUGGUGUUACUUUCUCACAAGAGAACAGAAAGAGAGAGAAAUGGCAAAGCCUGAAUGUUCCUUCAGUUUUAACUUCACCCCGUGAUGAUGCCAUGCAACUUUAUAAAGCUUUGAAGGGAUUUGGAUGUGAUAAAGCAGCAGUCAUUAACAUCCUUGCCCAUCGUGAUGCAACUCAGCGUGCUCUUAUUCAACAGGAAUACAGAACUAUGUACUCUGAAGAGCUAAACAAACGCUUAUCCAAAGAGCUUAGCGGUGAUCUUGAGAAAGCAGUCUUGCUAUGGAUGUAUGACCCGGCAGCAAGGGAUGCUACAAUAGUAAGGAAGGAUUUGAGUGGUGACGGUGUUGAUCCACGAGCUGGCACUGAAGUGAUAUGUUCGCGGACUAGUGGCGGACCCAGGAUUUUGAGUUCGGGGGUGCUGGACCCAGGAAUUUUGAGUUCGGGGUUGCUUCUAGCAUAUGUAACCGCAAUGCGCUAUGAAGGGCCAGAAGUUGACAGAGCCGCGGUGGAACAGGAUGCUAAAGCCCUUUUCAAAGCUGGGGAGAAGAAAUUGGGAACUGAUGAGAAGACUUUUAUACGGAUUUUUUCUGAAAGAAGCAGGGCGCAUUUGGCUGCUGUUAGCGCUGCGUAUCACAGCGUCGUGUAUGGUAACUCAUUGAAAAAGGCUGUUAAAAGUGAAACCUCUGGACUCUUUGAGUUUGCCCUCUUGACUAUUUUGCAAUGUGUUGACAAUCCAACAAAAUACUUCGCGAAGGAAUUGCACAAGGCGAUGAAGGGCUUGGGGACGAACGAUACAACUCUCAUUAGGAUAAUAGUCACGCGAACUGAGAUCGAUAUGCAGUAUAUAAAAGCGGAGUACCAGGAAAAGUAUAAGAAAUCUCUGAACGAUGCAGUGCAUGCGGAGACUUCUGAUGAUCAUCGGACAUUUCUUCUAUCUCUUCUGGGGACAGCUAACUAAUGAAGAGUCAGCACCAUAAAACAGGAAUUUUCCUGUUGCUCAUCUUCUGAAGGCUAUAUAGAACAUCAGAGAUAUUUUCCUGCCUGGAUUGACUCUGACAUCCUCUUGUUUUAUCCGAAGAGACAAUAGACGGCAUGUUGGUAACUGGCUUAUUGAUAGUGACAGGAGCUCUAGCAGGAAAGGGAAGUUUCAUUACUGGUGGAUUUUCAUGUGUUUCCGGCUUAAUUCUGCUUCUAACAUGAGCACCUCUAUCAGUUGAUAUUGAUCUUCUAACAGGUGGAGAUGGUGAUCUCCUCAUGGCGGAAACUGCUGAUUUUUCCUCUGUGAGCAAGGGCAUUUUUGGCACAAAAUCCUUGUCCGUGAACUUUGAGGGAAACUGGGACCUUCUUUGUUUGCCUGAUGAACAACUCCGUACCUAUCUCACCACAAUAGAGAGGACGCUGAUUGGCUUCUGUUUUCAAGCUAGCAUUACCAACGUGUCUCAUAGAUCGUAGAGGUGAUGCUUGCCCUCGAACAUUUGCACUACUUUUUAGGAGUUCAAGUUCGGCUUCCUUCUUCUCCAGCACUUGCUUAAGGUUUGAGAUCUAAAUCAACCACAAAAACACAGAGACAUCAAUUACAGAUCGAGCUGCGCCAAGAUCUAUGGAGGCAACCCUCUCAGCAAAUUUGAGUGUGCUAACUGUUUCUCCAAAUGCAUCUGCCUCUGGAUUUAUGUGCACAAACAUCAAUGUCUUUGCCUGACCACCUAAUGAAUCUUGUAACACUUGGUCUCUCGCCAACAGCUUCAGAUUUAUCUACUCUCUCACUUCCGGCUAAAUCCACGAGGUGAAGGCAUCCCUUUAAUGUAGAUCCAGAUACAAUCUCUUUCCCUCGGACAUGAACUGUCAGAAUACUGCAAAUGUACCUGUGAGACCUGCUGCUCCUCUCAUUUAAAGCAGUAGCACCGACAGCACGGUUCUUUUGCCCAAUUCUCAUCAAUUCAAGAACAUCUUGUGUGCAUUUAACUGGAAUCAAACUAGCAUCAGCGGUGAAACCAUUGUUAUGCCAGUUGCUUUCACGUUUCCCGCCACAAAUGCAGUCACUGGAGACCAAACUAGUUCUGUGCCGCAGAUAAUUUGAUAUGGCUUCUAGAACUUCUGAUCUUGAUAAAGGACUGCACUCAUCUGCCAAUAUUUUCUUCAAGAAUAGCCUGAGCUGCAGGUGUCAAACAAGCUAUCAAUCUACCACAUUCGGUCAUAAUGGUGAAUUGGCUUUAAUAUUGGUAAUACACAAGAAAUGCCUAUAAUAAGAUUGUUCUUGUUACCUGAUUGCUUUGAGAAACCAGCAACCCAGAAAAGUUUUUGACUACUUUCCUCAGCACAGCAUCAAUUACCUGCAAAUGUUCAUCCUUAGUCCACAAGAAGGGGACCUGGCAAUUUAUAGAAGUUGAACUCGACAAGUAAACACAGAAAUGAGGUGUAAAGAGGGUACCUUGUGAACAGCCCCAGGAUUGACUUUGUUGAGGACGUUGCAGAGAAUAAGGCCAUUGCGAAGAGCACAACGGAAUUCUUCUUCCGUGGGUUCUUCUGGGAGCAGCUCCGAUGCACCAGAGUACAUCUGUCGCAGCCAUUCCGCCGCCUGGUACCUCCUUGAAGCUGCAAGUUCCAACCUUUUAAUUACGUAGAAUUUGGAAGCUACUUAACCAACAGUGUCAUUGUAUGGCUUAGUUUCCCCCUGCAUGGUGGCAAUUAAUACUACUCCUUCCGUUCACUUU